AGACACGCCCCGCGCCGGUCACCUUUGCCACUCGACCGUUACCACAGGAGAAGCAGAGCCGCGGCGGCCGAACCGCCGCCUCCCUCCAGGCCUCCCUCAUGGCGUCGCCGUCGCCUGGGCCUCCGGCGUGGUCGGUGACCCUGAGCCUAAGGCACCGCGGUGGGCUGGAGAUCCGCGCUGCCGCGGAGAACUUGCUCCCGGGGUGGGGCCGCGGUGGGGAGCGCCUGUCAUUGCUACUCCGCCUCCGCCGCCGCCUCCUCCUCUCCGUCACAUCCCAAUGCGGCGACCGCCCCGCGGCUGCCACGCAGCCCGGGACGCCGCCGCGCGGCAGCAGGGUCGUCCGCUUCCUGCGGAGCAGGUGGGGGCGCCUGCCGCGGGUCACCUCCAUUUGGGGGCGCAAGAAGCAGCCCGCGGCGCGCGUCGCCGCCGCCGUGCCGCGGGACCGCAAGGAUCAGAAUCCCUGGCUUCUUGCCUGCCUGCAGCGGAGUCGAACACCGACGCGGCCUGGCUUCUGGGCAAUGGCAUGGACGCCUGAGUCGGCGGCAACGCUGCGGUUCGUCGUCGUCGUCGUCUUUGCUGCCCUCGCACUUGCCGUGGCUAUAGUCGCGGCGUUCCGCAUCACGGGAGGCCUCAGCAACCGGAGAGAAGGCUGCGACAGCAAACCGAUUGCGCGCUGGGCCAAAUUCUUGGAGUUGAUAGAACAUCCUCCUCUCAACUGCAAUUACAAGUGUCUGCUUGGUGUGCCGAAGCGAGGACUGGAGUGGAUCUUCAGCAAGUAGAUAUUCCAUCAGAUGAAAGCCACCUGCGUAGGAGCCACUAAAGGCUCGAGCUGACUGCUGAUAUGUAUCUCAGGUUAAUUUAGAGUUUGUGUUAUACAUGAUGAUCGGGGUCAGCAUGGCAAACAUUAUUCAGUUUGAUCUGGUUUCGUGUGCAUUUGCAAUGCCAUUGCAUUGGUUUUCAACAUGGUUAAAAAAGGGUUGCCAUAGCAGGGAA